AUGUGGGCGACCCAUUAGUUUCCGGGGGAAAAAAUGCUGAGUCGGCGACAUUAUUCUCUCCUUUUAUAUGCCUAUGGAUGGAUAACAUUCCCCAACAAAAGGAAAGAAAAAGGGAAAUUUCCUAGGAGUGGUGGGACAUAGAACAAAAAAAAAUAUAUAUAUAUAUAUAAACAAAACACGGGACACAUGGGGAGACAAAAAAGAGGAAUAGGAAUAAGAAUAAGAAUAAGAAGAGGAAGAAGAGGAAGAAGAGGAGGAGGAGAAUGGAGGGAAUGGUGGAGGAGGAGGGGGAGGUCUCCGCCAUGGACGACGACGAGGACGCAGCAGCAGCAGCAGCAGCAGGAGAGAGGAGGCUGAUGGUGACCCUCGACGAUCUCAAGAACAAGAUGGCCGACUUCGCAAGGGAGAGGGACUGGGACCAAUUCCACAGCCCCAGAAACCUCCUCCUCGCCCUCGUGGGAGAGGUUGGGGAGCUCUCAGAGAUAUUCCAGUGGAGAGGAGAGGUUCCAAAGGGGCUCCCCGGGUGGAGAGAAGAGGAAAGAGAGCACCUGGGAGAGGAGCUCUCUGAUGUGCUUCUCUACCUUGUGAGGCUCUCAGAUGUGUGUGGGGUGGAUCUGGGAAGAGCUGUUCUGAGGAAGCUGGAGCUUAAUGCCCUCAAAUACCCAGCUGAGCAAUGCAAGGGCUCCUCAAAGAAGCACACCCACUACAGCAACUCUACUGCUGCUCCUGCUGCUUCUGCUUCUGCUAGAGCCAAUUCAAUUGAGGAAUCCCAAAAUGGCUUUUCUGAGAAGCUCUGAAUUCUGCUAGAGCCAAUUCAUGUGGGUCUUUUUUGGGGGGGGUUUUAUCUUUAGUGUAGUGUGUGUGUGUGUGUGUGUGUGUGUGUGUGUGGGUGUGUUUUCUUAGAUAGCUCUUCUUAGGCUCCUUUUAACUUUUUGUUGCAUGGACACCAUCUUGGGUGGUGGUGGAUAGUUGGUGGUAACAUUUGCUAACUAUGCUGUCAAAAUACUACACAGUAUUUUCUUUUACAUA